ACACUGUGUUUGAUUUAAUUUAGUAUAUAUUUAUAUACUUUUUUUAUGGCAGAAGAAUUUGAGGAAUCCGAAGUUAUAUUUCAAGAAAAUGUCGAACACGAAGAUAGCGACGACGCGUGCAGUAAUUUUCAUCAGCCAAGUUCCGGCAAUAGUAAGAGGAAAAAGAUCAUGAAGCCAAAUAGUACUAGCAAGAAUUUGGCCGCCGCGGCUCCUGUGAGUAUCCCGGAGAAUGUGUCGUGGCUCCGGUAUAUUGACCGAUCGGAUUUCGCCGGAGACGACGAAGAGGGAGAAAUGGUGCCGCCACACAUCAUCGUAGGGCGGCGGCGCGUGGCCGGAAAGAUGAUGGCGUUUUCCGUUUGUACCGGAAAUGGGAGGACUCUCAAAGGAAGGGAUUUGAGUCGAGUCCGAAAUUCUGUUCUCAGGAUGACUGGUUUUCUUGAAACUUGAUCACUUAUGUAAAUGGGAAAAUCAUUAAUUAAUUAAUUUUGAUUUCCCUCAAAGAGAAUUAAUGGAAAUUGAAUUAUAAGAAGAAAAAAAAAACAUAUUGUUUAAUUUUAUGUGUGGGAAAUAAUGUAUAAUUUAUGAAGAAUAUUGGAAAGAUCCAGAUUCCAGGGUGUAAUUAGAAUAGGUUUAUGUUGUACUUAGUUGACAGAGUUUUCUGUUUCCUCAAAAUAAUUGUCUGAUUUGGACAGAUUCCAACACACACAUUUCAUUUUGG